UAUUUGGUUUUUUAUUUGACUGUUUCUCUUAGGAGAACAUUUUGUUUCCUGCUGGGUUUUUAACUGGCUAGAAAGUUCCAAGGUCAGCAGUCUAGAGCCCCGGGUGAGGAGUUUGGGUCAUGCUUUAAGUCACGCCACUGCUCUCAGGGACAAAAAAAACCUUUAGAACUUGGAGUCCUGCCUAUCCCUUGCUGGAGAGCACAAGAACACUGAUGAGAAUCCUACCAGAACGUAGUUCUGCUUCUUGGAAGUUAAGAUGCAAUGGAUCAACUUGAGCAGCGGGUAAAUGAAUUUUUUAUGAACGCAAAGAAAAACAAACCUGAAUGGAGAGAAGAACAAAUGACGUCUAUCAAAAAAGAUUAUUAUAAGGCUUUGGAAGAUGCAGAUGAAAAAGUACAACUGGCUAACCAAAUAUAUGACUUGGUAGACCGUCAUUUAAGAAAACUGGACCAGGAACUUGCCAAAUUUAAAAUGGAACUUGAAGCAGAUAAUGCUGGAAUAACGGAAAUAUUAGAGAGACGGUCUCUGGAGCUGGAUACACCAUCACAGCCUGUGAAUAACCAUCAUGCCCAUUCACACACUCCAGUAGAGAAAAGGAAACACAAUCCAUCUUCUCACCAUAGUACAACAGAUCAUGUUCCUGAGAAGAAGUUUAAAUCUGAAGCUCUUCUAUCUACUCUCACUUCAGAUGCUUCUAAAGAGAAUACACCAGGGUGUCGAAACAGUAAUUCAUCAUCCUCUUCAAACAAUGCAUACAAUACAAACUCUUCUCAACCAUUGGCAUCAUAUAACCUGGGCUCAUUAUCUUCAGGAUCUGGGGCCGGUGCUAUUACCAUGGCAGCAGCUCAAGCAGUGCAAGCCACAGCACAGAUGAAGGAAGGAAGAAGGACAUCCAGUCUAAAAGCUAGCUAUGAAGCAUUUAAGAACAAUGAUUUUCAGAUUGGAAGAGAAUUUUCACUAUCCAGAGAUUCAACUGGGUAUUCAUCAUCAGCUCUGGCAUCUACGUUGACACAGACAUUAAGUUCAUCAACAACAGAUUCACGAAGUGGCAGAAAAAGCAAAAACAACAACAAAUCCUCAAGUCAGCAGUCCUCGUCGUCUUCCUCCUCUUCCUCUCUAUCAUCAUGUUCUUCUUCAUCUGCGUUAGCGCAGGAACUGUCUCAGCAAACAGCAGUAAUACCAGAGUCUGAUUCUAAUAGCCAGGUUGACUGGACCUAUGAUCCAAAUGAGCCACGUUACUGCAUUUGUAAUCAGGUGUCGUAUGGUGAAAUGGUAGGCUGUGAUAAUCAAGAUUGCCCUAUUGAGUGGUUCCAUUACGGCUGUGUUGGACUGACAGAAGCACCGAAAGGGAAAUGGUACUGUCCACAGUGUACGGCUGCAAUGAAGAGAAGAGGCAGUAGACAUAAAUAGGCUGCCUCAUUUGGAAAACAGAUUACAUGCUAAAGAUUUUAUAGAGGACUUGGCGGGGAUGGGGAGGCAAGCCACCACACUUCUUGCAACCAGUUAAAGAAGGGUUAACAUAGCAGUUGUAAGAUCUUGGAGCUGUUGAUUUUGCUAGUUGUGUUUUAAUAUUGUAAGCAAAGUAUUCAUGCACAUUGGCGUGCUGCAGAUAUUAUUCCAGUGAGCCUUGGAUUGUUCCAGCGGCCAAUAUAUGCAGACAUUUGUACUGAAACCAUUUUCUCUAAGCAGUGGGCAUUCUCCAGUAAUUCACUCUUCAAAGAAUUCUGAUAAGUGAAGAUUUUAAAUGUAUGUUUUAUAUUCAACAGAUAUAUUCUGCUGCAUGUACUGUACUCAAGAGCUGUUAUGUAACAUUAUGUAUAUAAAUGGUGCAAAAAGUCAGUGCUUCUGGAAAAAAUAUAAGACAGUGGUUUUUAAAAUGCCUUUAUAGCUUUGGUUCUUUAUGAAACUUAAUUCAGCAGGCUGAAGAAAAUGGUUCUUGUAUACAGCGGGCUGUUGUCCUCUAGGGUACUUGAGUAUGUAAAAAGAAAACAAAAAUGCUGUAGAAUAAAACUUGUGCCAUUAGUCUUUAUAUGUUUCUGCCCCAGAGAAGGGGCAGGUCAUAAGAGCAAGAAAAAACAAGGUGUUAAAGUGAUGAUAAAUUUUUAUACCAAAUGUGUUUAUUUUUUUGUGCAAGUAAUCCUUUAAAUUUGAAUUGUAUUAGGUGUUAAAAUAAAACAAAACAAACCUCAACUCCU